ACAAAAUGUCAAAUUGUAACAUUAACAGCAUUAACAUUGUGCUUCAGUCGUUAAUUUCAUCGAAGUGAAACGCGUCAGUUUACGUGUGUAAUUAUCUUAAUAGUAAAAAAUUAUAAACAUUACGAGCCCAUCGAAAUCAAAAUGUUGCCUUCGAAUCCGUUCAAACGGAAACGUUCUGAUGAAUAUGGUCUCGAGACUGUGCACACGUGUGCUUCGACCGAGAUGGAAGAAGAAAUCUUUUCGUUUCGGUGGACUCUGAAAAACUAUGCCUCUUUCAUUGAAUCGUCCGAAAUACGAUCUCCAAUAUUCACUGGAGCAAAAAACCACUGGCAACUGAAAGUAUACCCGAAAAUGAAAGCCGGAAACACCGACUUUUUGACGGUCUAUCUGAUUUUAGUGAACUACGGUGAUCAGAGCCGAGCUCCGGGCAGCAUUGUCAAGGCUCGUUUUUGUAUCAGUAUUUUGAAGGCUGAUGGGCUCCCUGCAAGACAGAUAGGCUCUGAAAAGGUGUGCGAAUUUAAAAAAGGAUCCGAUCUGGGUGGUAAACUAAUUCAAUCAUCCGAUAUAUAUUCAUUGACCGAAGUGGUACUAAUAGACAAUGCCAUCACAAUACAUUGUAAAAUUCGGACCGACGGAGAGUUGAAACAUAAUGUUUCAAAUGGCGGUUUUGCUGCGAAAAGAUUGUGCUUGCGAUUAGAGGAUGAAGCAAAGAUGCAGCGUAAAAAAGAGUUGGCAGCAGAUAUGGGCCGAAUUUUCGAUGAAUCAUUGAUGAGUGACCUGAAAAUUUCGACAGCCGAUACGUGUUUUCCGGGACACAAGGCGAUACUUGCAGCCAGAAGCUCUGUAUUCGCUGCGAUGCUGGGAACUAACAUGACUGAAAAGCAACAAAACACCGUGGAGAUACUAGACUUUGACACCGAUGUGGUCAGAGGAAUGCUACAAUAUUUGUACACUGGAGAGACCGAAUUGAUAGGUCGACAUGCACCCGACCUGCUUCGUAUUGCAGAGAAGUACGACUUAGCGGGAUUGAAAGAAGCUUGUGAGCAUGCAAUCUGCGAUGAUUUGAAUGUAGAUAAUGCGGCGAUGUUGCUGAAUUUGGCCCAUAUGCACAACGCGACACUGUUGAAGCAGUGUGCACUCGACUUCAUAAAACGUAAUGCUACCAAAGUCAAGCAAACGAAGGGUUUUGCAGAUCUACAAUUUGCUCAUCCGAAGGUACUAUUAGACUUGUACCUCUCACAAACUGCCUGACUGAUAGACAGCGAGCAGAUGUUAAUUUAAAGAAUAUUUUUGUUUGUUUAGAUUGAAAUUUUGCUGAACAUUUUUUUAUGUUUUACCGUCAAUGCUCUCUAAGCAAAAAUGAAUUCGUUACGAUAACAAUAAGUUACCUCAA